AAGUGAUUUACCAUCAUCAUUUGUUUAUAAAUAAUUGUUUCUGUUAAUUUCUGUAGUUCGAUUCAGUUUGUAAUUCCACGACCGUAUACUUGGCAGAUAAGAAUUAAUUAUGCAUUCUAAUUAUGCUUAUUCGUUUGGGGAUGAUGUGGGGAUAUUUAGGAAAGGAGUUUCAAGAUUUGGAGAAAAUUAUUUGACUCAGAAGACAUCCCCGAAUGUGACCACAAAUUUCCGUGCCCAUCUGUUCCAACCGCUCCACCGUCGCCCCUACGUUCCCCUACUGACGCAAUUUUCCCUAGAACGUGUCCAAAACGGAAUGUGUCCAUCUGUGAUUGUACAAACGACCCCCUCCCCACGACAUUUUUUUUCUUGGAAUAAGUCGACCAGAAUUUCGUAGAAUGCACAUGCGAAUUCUGAUAAGUUUAGCUCUCGGUGGUUGAAUAAUUAUUGUUUGGGUUAUGUUAAUAGUUUGAGAGGAUCUAUCCUUUUUUCUGUGUCUGUAUUAUCUCAUUAUAUAAGUUAGGUGUGAUUGCAGAUACGUAUUUUCAGGUGUUGGUUUAUUGAGGGGAGAUAUGGCUGAUGAUAAAAUACAAUUCGAUUGGGGCAAUGAGAAACUUCAAAGGGCCCAGAAGACCGUGGACGAGUCGCCCUACGACUUGGAAGCAUGGAGCAUUCUCAUCAGAGAAGCCCAGAACAGACCAAUUCCAGAAGUGAGGCCAGUAUUCGAGAAACUCGUCACGGUUUUUCCAUCAGCCGGGAGAUAUUGGAAGAUUUACAUUGAGCAAGAGAUGAAAAUGCGCAACUUUGAAAAAGUGGAGAAGCUUUUCCAAAGGUGCCUCAUGAAAAUCUUGAAUAUUGAAUUGUGGAAAUUGUAUCUGUCGUACGUUAAAGAAACUAAAUCCAGCUUGGCGACGUACAAGGAGAAAAUGGCACAGGCGUAUGAUUUUGCACUCGACAAAAUUGGAAUGGAUAUUCAUUCGUACAGUAUUUGGAAUGAUUAUGUGUCUUUUUUGAAGAGUGUGGAGGCUGUUGGGUCUUAUGCGGAGAAUCAGAAAAUUAGUGCUGUACGAAAGGUAUAUCAACGUGGUGUUAUCAACCCAAUGAUAAACAUGGAGCAACUGUGGAAGGACUACAUGGCAUUCGAGCAAAAUAUCAAUCCCAUAAUCGCUGAGAAAAUGGCAAUCGAGAGGUCUCGCGACUACAUGAAUGCUAGACGUGUUGCUAAAGAGUUGGAGGCAGUUACAAGAGGCCUGAACAGAAGUGCACCCAGUGUUCCGCCCACUGGUCAUCCUGAAGAAGUUAAACAAGUGGAACUCUGGAAAAAAUAUAUCGCCUGGGAGCGCAGCAAUCCCCUUCGCACCGAAGACACGUCCCUAGUUGCAAAAAGAGUCAUGUUCGCGAUAGAACAGUGUCUUCUGUGCCUCGGCCAUCACCCGGCUGUUUGGCACCAGGCAGCCCACUUCCUCGAGCUCUCCUCGAAAAUUCUCACCGAGAAGGGGGACGUGAAUGCAGCGAAAAAUUUGAGUGACGAGGCGGCGACUAUGUUCGAACGUGCUACGAGCACUUUAUUAGCGAAGAAUAUGCUUCUCUAUUUUGCACACGCAGACUUCGAGGAGGGACGAGUGAAGUACGAGAAAGUCCAUCAGAUCUAUCAGAAGUUCCUUGACAUAACGGACAUUGAUCCCACAUUGGCAUACGUUCAGUACAUGAAAUUCGCGAGAAGAGCAGAGGGAAUAAAAUCAGCCAGAACAGUCUUUAAACGUGCACGUGAAGACGCUCGCUGCAGACAUCAGGUGUACGUAGCAGCUGCCCUGAUGGAGUACUACUGCACCAAAGACAAGAACAUUGCAUUCCGUAUUUUCGAGCUGGGAUUGAAGAAAUUCGCCGACAAUCCCGAGUACAUUCUCUGUUAUAUUGAUUACUUGUCACACUUGAAUGAGGAUAAUAACACGAGAGUGUUGUUUGAACGAGUUCUGUCAUCAGGGAGUUUGGAGCCUGAGAAAUCAGUGGACAUUUGGAAUAGAUUUUUGGAAUUCGAAUCUAACAUUGGGGAUUUGGCAAGUAUAGUAAAAGUGGAAAAACGAAGAAGUGCAGUUCUAGAAAAGAUUAAAGAGUUCGAGGGGAAAGAGACAGCUCAACUAGUCGACAGAUACAAAUUUCUGGACUUGUAUCCCUGUUCAGCAGUGGAAUUGAAGUCGAUAGGUUAUAUCGAUGUUUCCAAUAUUGGAAGGAACAAUCCAGGUGUAUCACCACGUAAUCAAGACACAGAGGAGGUGAUAGCAGCAUUACCAAGGCCUGAUCUGUCUCAGAUGAUACCGUUCAAGCCGAAAGUCAAUCCACUGCCAGGAGAGCAUCCUGUGCCAGGGGGGUCGUUUCCAUUACCACCUGCUGCAGCACAACUGUGCACUAUGUUGCCACCUCCAGGGUGCUUCAGAGGACCUUUUGUUGCCGUUGAUUUACUCAUGGAUGUGUUCAGUAGGAUACAAUUGCCAGAUCAUGCUCCUCUACCUGUUGCUGACAACGGCUGCGACACGAAGCUCUUCGAUCUCGCUAAAUCCGUUCACUGGAUAGUAGACGAGAGUAAUGAUGGCUCACCGAUUGGCUCGAAACGACGAAGAACUCGUCUCGGCGGUGAGGACAGUGAGGACGAGGAUCUUCCACCCCCACCUGUCAACGAUAUCUACAGACAGAGGCAGCAGAAGCGUGUGAAAUAAUUCCAUCGACAUUCGUUCCACUUGAUCAUCACUAAUUGAUUCGAUGAUUCCAUCUGGCCGUUGACAUGUGUUGCAAUCAUCCAGUGAGAAGAAUGUCGAUAAUGAAGAGACAAUGAAGACAAUUUCAAAGUCUCACAUUUGAGGAAAAUGAUCACACGUCGGUGCAGAAGUUUGAUAUCUGGAGGGAGUCAUUCCCCAGAAGUGUAUGUUAAUUACACUGAUGACUGAGUACUAUGCACUCAAAGCAUUUACCGAGUAUAACUACAAUUUAAAUAAUUUUUUUAACUGAAAGAGUAGAAUUAAAAGUGGAAAAGUGUCAAGGUGAAAAACAUUCCUUGACACUUCAUCGAGCUAUAAUUUGUCAUUAAAAUUAUUGAUUAUUAGACGUUAUAUUAUUGAUUAUUAGAUGUUAUUCAUCGUAACGUCUGAAAUUCGCUCUGACCACUUCCUUAAUGAAUGUAAACCCCUAGACCUCGUGGAAGUAAUGAAUUAUUCUAAUUUCUUCAUGAACUUAUCAUAAAUUCAAUGUAAAUAUUUCUACUCCCGAAAUCAUCAGACCAAUUCUGUUGUAUAUAUUCCUAGAGUUUUUCAAUAAGCUUGUACUAUCCAUUGAAUUCCAUACUCCCGUUUAAUUGAAUAAAAAGACUUUGCAGGAA